CGAGAAGAGGCGAUCAGAAUGGCUGUUAGGGGUUCAAUCCUAGUGGUUCUCCUUGUAAUCUUCUCCUCCACUUUAGCAGCGAUUGCCGGACUUCACAGCCACGACAAUCACAACCCAAAUGCCUCCACUCUCGCCGGCAUACAACUGCCGGAGCACAUGAGCUUCAACGCCAUCUCAUCCUCCUCCUCAUCCCACACUGGCUGCAGCCUCAGCAGCUCUAAAAGAACAAACCAAUCAGAUUCAGCCAUGGAAGAUGUUGGCGACUCUGACGACGACGAAGCCGCACCCGAAUUGAACCCUCAUAAACAAACUAUGAAGCUCCAUCUACGGCACAGAUCACAGAACAAACAAUCCGAAAGAAAAAGCUCCGUGAUCGAGUCCACAGUCCGAGACCUCAUCAGAAUUCAAACCCUCCACACAAGAAUCGUCGAGAAAAAGAACCAGAACACAAUUUCAAGGCUGCAGAAAGACAAGAAGUCGAAGCCCUACGAAUCAAAUCCGGUUGUGGCCCCUGCAGCCUCACCGGAGUCUUACACCAACGAGCUUUCAGGGCAGCUUCAGGCCACGUUGAAGUCUGGUGUCAGCCUCGGCUCCGGCGAGUACUUCAUGGAUGUUUUCAUCGGUACACCCCCUAAACACUUCUCUUUAAUUCUCGACACUGGCAGUGACCUUAACUGGGUCCAAUGCGCGCCGUGCCACGACUGUUUCGAGCAGCAGGGCCCGCAUUACGACCCGAAAGACUCAACUUCUUUUCUUGACAUUAGCUGCAAGGAUCCGCGGUGUCGAUUGGUUUCGUCCCCGGAUCCUGCACAGCCCUGCAAGUCCGAAAAUCAAACGUGCCCGUAUUUCUACUGGUACGGAGACAGCUCCAACACUACCGGCGAUUUCUCCCUCGAAACCUUUACUGUGAACCUCACGUCACCGAACAAGGCGGGGUUCAAGAGGGUGGAGAAUGUGAUGUUCGGAUGCGGACAUUGGAACAGAGGACUAUUUCAUGGGGCUGCAGGGUUGCUAGGGCUUGGCAGAGGCCCUCUUUCCUUUGCAUCUCAGCUCCAAUCGCUGUACGGACAUUCGUUUUCCUACUGCCUUGUGGAUCGAAACAGCGACGCGAAUGUCAGCAGCAAGUUGAUUUUCGGGGAGGACAAGAACCUCUUGAGCCACCCGAAACUGAGCUACACUUCCUUGGUGGGAGGGAAAGAAAACCCUGCUGAUACAUUCUACUAUGUCGAGAUAAAAUCCGUCAUGGUCGGCGGAGAAGCGGUGGACAUACCGGCUGAGACUUGGAAAUUGGCGCCGGAGGGUGCCGGCGGGACAAUCAUUGAUUCCGGCACCACGUUGAGUUACUUUGCCGAUCCUGCUUACCAAAUGAUCAAGGAGGCAUUUGAGAAAAAGGUUAAAGGGUAUCCAGUUGUGAACGACUUUCCAAUUUUGAAACCUUGUUACAAUGUGUCAGGUGUUGAGAAAAUAGAGCUGCCGGAGUUCGCAAUUGUAUUUGCGGAUGGAGCUGUGUGGGAUUUCCCAGUAGAGAACUACUUCAUCCAGAUCGAACCGCAGGAAAUGGUCUGCCUGGCGGUGUUGGGGACUCCAAAAUCCAGCCUUUCGAUCAUCGGAAACUAUCAGCAGCAGAAUUUUCAUAUCCUCUAUGACACAAAGAAGUCCAGGCUAGGAUAUGCACCCAUGAAAUGUGCUGAUGUUUAGAAGCUGGAGAAAAAUUGUACACAUUUUUUUUCCUUCUUUUUUUGAGUUUUUCCUUCUGAAAAGGGUCAGAGGUGACAUACAGAAAUUAGAUUAAUUGUUUUUUCUUUCUUUUCAUUUUUCAUUUUUUUUGAAGUUUCAAGUGAUUACAUAUUGAUAGCCACAAAGGGUCAUAAUCUUUACUCAAAAAACAAGAAAUAUUAAUGCUUUUUUUGCAUA